AUGGCAGCAGUUCAAACUCCUCUGUUGCUCACCAGUUUCACAUCCAUAUUCACUACGCUCAGCUCCACAACCAUCGAAGAAGAACAACAACAAUACGAUUAUAAGGCACUAUAUGAAGCACGACAAUUUUUUGCAUGGUUAUUCAUAUUACUAUCCCUCGGGGUUAUAUUUCAACUCCGUACACUGUACGUCGCAAUCUGCAAGGACCGCCAAUUACAAAUGAGAGAGAAUGGUGCGGCUGCAGUUGAUGAGUUGAAGGAUAGAUUGAAGUUGGAAUUCACAAAGAAUGAUGUACUUGGAUUAGGGCUAGAUGCGAUCGAGGGAAUUGCACGGGAUGAGGAAACAACUGCUGGGCGGGAGAAUGGGACAUAG